UAUUUUUCAGUGGAGGAAUGCUUGUCACCUACUCCUUUUUUGAGUUCUCAAUUCCCCUAAACUCGUGAGUAAAAGCUUUUCAACCUGUUGCUUUCUCUCCAGAGCUCUCUCUGGUGGUUCCAAUGGAGAGGCACAAAUGCAAGCUUUGCUCUCGAGCGUUCGCCAAUGGCAGAGCGUUAGGUGGUCACAUGAAGGCUCACUUGACCUCUCUUCCUCUUCCUCCCAAGCCCCACCCUCUGAUCACUCCCUCUACGCUUUCCUUCUCUUAUUCCUCUUCCGACGACGACGACGACGAAGAACAAAUAGAAGUAGCGCCUGGUUACAGAGAUUCCGACGACAAGGCUUUGAGUUAUGGUUUGAGAGAGAAUCCCAGGAAAAAUUUCAGGUUCGCAGAUCCUGAGUUCUCUUUUGCGGUUGAUGCUGGCUCCGUCGUCCAGGACAGAGAAAGCGAGACCGAGUCAAAGAAUCCGACUCGCCGGCGAUCCAAGCGAAACCGAAAGUCCAUCGUCGGGGCUAGUCAGAAAUUUGAAGUGACCAGGGCCAAGUCAAAUUUGACGGAGUCACCGACGGAGCCGGAACCGGUAAGCUCCGUUUCUGAUACUUCGCCGGAUGAAGAUGUUGCCAUGUGCCUCAUGAUGCUUUCGAGGGACAGAUGGAUGAGAAACGUCAAGGAACAAGAUCAAGUUGAGAGAUCCAAGGGGCCUGAAGAGAUCAAGUUGAAGAGGAAGCAUCAAUCUAAUAACGCUAAGAAAACUUGUCGAUCUUCCCGAGCAUUGGACACUCACAAGAGCACCUACUUUCCAGAAGAAGCAGAGAACAAAAUUGCAGGUAACGAUAAAAUUUUCGAAUGCCCAUUCUGUUACAAAGUCUUUGGGUCGGGACAAGCUCUGGGUGGCCACAAGAGAUCCCACCUCCUACCAUCUUCGUCGUCCACUGCUAUGAACUCUGCUAAAUGUUCUAUAGAUCUCAACCUGCCAGCUCCGGCAGAAGAAGAUGAACUAAGCGUGGUUUCUGAUGCGUAAAUUUUGCUCACUGAUCUUGCUAUGCUUAGUUGUAUUAUGCAAUUGGGUAAAGUUAAUUAUUUUUAUUGUAGGUAAGGAACAUCUCAUUGUCUUUAUUGUUAGAUCAAUGCUUUUGAUGGUACAA